ACGUGGCCCCACUCCGCAAACGGAUGCAAACCUAUUUAUAUUCUCCUCUUUUAAUUCACAGCUUUCUAGUCCGCAGCUCCCCCAUCUCUCGCUCUCUCCUUCUCUCUACACUGAAAGCCGAACUCGAAACCCUAGAGCUCUAAGCCUCGGAUCCUUUGAUGCCAUUAAGCUUGACAACAUCAAAUACUGGAUCACUUCCAGCUAGAAUUCGCCGGAGUGGUCCCACCCCCGCCUUGUUUUUGAUCCUCUGAAGGGCGCUAUAUCCCUGGGGUGAUCGAUGGCGGGUAGCGUCUCUUCCGUUUAUCUCCAGGUAAUUGAAGAUGUCAUCAGUAAGGUCCGGGACGAGUUUAUCAAUUCGGGCGCUGGAGAGAAUGUCCUCGGCGAGCUUCAAGCGCUAUGGGAGGCGAGAAUGAUGCAGUGUGGAGUUAUAUCGCCUAAUAUGGAACGGCCUUCGCUUCAGAAGCAAACCGGUCCGAUUACGCCGGUGCAUGACCUUAACGUGCCGCCUGUGGAGGAGUAUGAAACCCCCACAGCCGAGAUGCUCUUCCCGCCAACUCCUAUGCAAACCCCGGUGCCACAAACCCCAUUGCCACAAACUCCAAUUCAAACUCCAUUGUCUGGAAUAGAUCAGAUGUAUAACAUACCAACUGGCCCCUCCGAUUAUGCUCUGGUUAGUGAUAGCAGGGAUGGAAUGGGUGAUAUGAAACCUGGAAGGCCCAGUCCGUACAUGCCACCCCCAUCUCCAUGGAUGAACCAAAGGCCUUUAGGAGUUGAUGUCAAUGUGGCUUAUGUUGAGGGUCGUGAGGAGACUGAUAGAGGAGCUCCUCAUCAACCAAUGACUCAGGAUUUUUUUAUGAUGUCUGCUGGGAAGCGCAAAAGAGAUGAUUAUGCUUCUAAUUUGGCACCUGGAGGUUAUAUGCCCCAACAAGAUGGUAGUGGAGAUAUGACAAUAGAGUUCAUUCUACCAAAGGAAAGCCACUUUUCAUCCACUGGAGUUUCGAGAAGAAUCAGAUCUGAAACUCAAUCCAAUGUGUUAACAAUGGAAACUGCAGUGCUUCCUCAACAAGAUGGUGCUCAUGAUGAAUAUGAGGAUUUGUUCCAUUUCCAAGGAGUUACAAAUGAAGAUUACAACACUCCCACACCAGCAGAACAUGUAGAUUUGCGAGCACCUACUCCAUUAGUUGGUACUCCAAAACCACCCAAUAAUGAAACUGCAGAGGAUGACGAGCCUCCAUUAAAUGAAGAUGAUGAUGAUGAUGAUGAUCUGGAUGAUUUUGACCAGGGAGAGGAAGAACCAAACACACAACAUUUAGUUUUAGCUCAGUUUGACAAGGUGACACGAACAAAGAGUAGGUGGAAAUGCACACUUAAGGAUGGUAUUAUGCACAUUAACAGCCGAGAUAUUCUUUUCAACAAGGCUAAUGGGGAGUUUGAUUUUUAGCGUGAGACUCAGUUUUUUUUUUGUGGUGGAUGGAAUUCAUGGAACAUUACGUUGCUGUAAGUGAAUUCCAUUUUUUAUUUCUAUUUUUUAUUUUUAUUUUUAUGGAGCAAGUGAUUUGGACGAAUGUUAUAUGGCAGGGGAUUGUAAUGGACAAUGUUAUUUUAGUAGUCAUGUACAUAGCAAGUUAAAGACGGUGAAUUUACACCUGAGAUUGCAAUUUUUCAUUGUAAAAGGUCUAUCCAUAUUUGAUUAAACAUUGUA